AUGGCGCAUCAUCCAAUUUACACAGAGACUCUCUCAAUGGGAGGAGGGUCAAGCCACGGUUUCGGGCAGCAACCCGUGCCCUUUGCCACCAGCAGCGGAUCUUUGCGUGUAGAGCUGCUGCACGGUAACUUAGACAUUUGGGUUAAAGAAGCCAAACACCUUCCCAACAUGGACGGCUUCCACAACCGUCUCGGUGGGAUGCUGUCCGGUCUAACCAGGAGGAACACUAGCAAAGAUGAGAAGCCCUCCAAGAUCACGAGCGACCCUUACGUGACCGUCUCCAUCUCAGGCGCUGUCAUCGGCAGAACCUUCGUGAUCAGCAACAGCGAGAACCCUGUGUGGAUGCAGCACUUCGACGUCCCCGUGGCUCACAGCGCUGCUGAAGUUCACUUUGUGGUGAAAGACAGCGACAUCAUCGGGUCACAGAUCAUGGGAGCUGUCGGAAUCCCAACGGAGCAGCUGUCUUCAGGGAACAGAAUCGAAGGGUUUUUUCCGAUACUGAACAGUAGUGGGAAGCCUUGCAAACAGGGAGCCGUGUUGAGUUUGUCAGUUCAAUACACUCCGAUUGAAAGGAUGAGGCUUUACCAGAUGGGUGUUGGUUUUGGUAACGAGUGUGUUGGAGUUCCCGGUACGUACUUCCCUUUGAGGAAAGGAGGUAGGGUUACUCUGUACCAGGAUGCUCAUGUUGAUGAUGGUACGCUUCCGAGUGUGUAUCUUGACGGUGGUGUGCAGUAUAGACAUGGGAAGUGCUGGGAGGAUAUGGCUGAUGCGAUUAGGCAGGCGAGGAGGUUGGUUUAUAUUACUGGUUGGUCGGUUUACCAUCCGGUUAGGCUGGUUCGGCGGAAUAAUGAUCCAACAGAUGGUACAUUAGGGGACUUGCUUAAGGCCAAGUCUCAGGAAGGUGUUAGAGUGUUGGUUUUGGUGUGGGAUGAUCCUACUUCAAGGAGCCUUCUUGGGUUCAAAACUCAAGGAGUUAUGAACACAAGCGAUGAAGAGACUCGCCGGUUCUUCAAGCAUUCUUCAGUGCAAGUUCUUCUUUGUCCAAGAUCUGGAGGGAAAGGUCACAGCUUCGUAAAGAAAUCUGAAGUUGGAACUAUCUACACACAUCAUCAGAAAACUGUGAUUGUAGAUGCUGAUGCAGGUCAGAACCGAAGAAAGAUCGUAGCUUUUGUUGGAGGUCUAGACGUGUGCAACGGACGUUUUGAUACUCCCAAGCAUCCUCUCUUCAGGACACUGAAGACACUCCAUAAAGAUGACUUCCACAACCCUAACUUUUUGACUACUGCGGAUGAUGGACCAAGAGAGCCAUGGCAUGAUCUGCACAGCAAGAUUGAUGGUCCAGCUGCGUACGAUGUACUUGCUAAUUUUGAAGAACGCUGGAGAAAGGCUUCAAAAUCUCGCGGAUUGGGGAAGUUAAGAUCAGCUUCUGAUGAUUCGUUGCUUUCCAUAGAGAGGAUUCAAGACAUCGUAGGACUAUCAGAAGCUUCUUCUGUUAAUGAGAAUGAUCCAGAGACUUGGCAUGCUCAGGUUUUCCGUUCAAUUGAUUCAAGUUCAGUCAAAGGGUUUCCAAAGGACCCAAAGGAAGCUACUGGAAGAAAUCUACUGUGUGGGAAGAACAUACUCAUUGACAUGAGCAUACACGCGGCUUAUGUUAAGGCCAUAAGAUCUGCACAGCACUUCAUCUACAUUGAGAACCAAUAUUUUCUUGGAUCAUCAUUCAACUGGGAUUCUAACAAGGACUUGGGUGCUAACAAUCUGAUCCCUAUUGAAAUCGCACUAAAGAUUGCUAACAAAAUUAGAGCAAGGGAGAAAUUUGCUGCUUACAUUGUCAUUCCAAUGUGGCCAGAAGGUGCUCCAACGAGUAACCCUAUUCAGAGGAUUCUAUACUGGCAGCACAAAACCAUGCAAAUGAUGUAUCAGACCAUCCACAAGGCACUUGUGGAAGUUGGACUUGAUGGACAGUAUGAGCCCCAAGACUUUCUCAACUUCUUCUGUCUUGGAACCAGAGAGGUUGCUGAUGGAACAGUUAGUGUAUAUAAUAGUCCUCGGACUCCACCUAAGUCAAACGCAAAUGCAAAUGCUAUACAGGUGCAAGCUUUGAAGAGUAGGAGGUUUAUGAUAUAUGUUCAUUCCAAAGGUAUGGUAGUGGAUGAUGAGUUUGUCUUGAUCGGUUCCGCGAAUAUCAACCAGAGAUCCUUGGAAGGAACUAGAGACACUGAAAUCGCCAUGGGUGGAUACCAACCACACCAUUCAUGGGCUAAGAAAGGUUCUCGUCCUCGUGGUCAGAUCUUUGGAUAUAGAAUGUCGUUGUGGGCAGAACAUCUAGGGUUUCUAGAGCAAGGUUUUGAAGAACCAGAGAAUAUGGAAUGUGUGAGACGAGUUAGGCAAUUAAGUGAGCUGAAUUGGAGACAGUACGCAGCAGAAGAGGUGACUGAGAUGCAAGGUCAUCUUCUUAAGUAUCCAGUUCAAGUGGAUAGAACAGGGAAAGUAAGUUCUCUCCCUGGAUGUGAGACGUUCCCUGAUCUCGGUGGCAAGAUCAUAGGCUCGUUCCUUGCUCUCCAAGAAAACCUCACUAUAUGAAAAACUGAAGCUUGCCUUGUAGUAUCAACAUUUGUUUCUUUUUAUUUCUUCCACUUCAAGAAACCUCUCUCUGAGUGGGAU